AUGCCUCCUAAAGUUGAGACCACAGAUGCUCCUAGAUACGGUAAUUCCUAAGCAGUCUUCUUAAAAUCCGUUGGUGGUGAAGUCGGUGCUGCAGCUUCUUUAGCUCCAAAAGUAGGUCCAUUAGGUCUAUCUCCAAAAAAGAUUGGUGAUGACAUCAAAGCAGCCACAGAAGCAUGGAAAGGCAUCAAAGUUAUGGUUAAGCUCACCAUUGUAAACAGACAAGCAACAGUUGAAGUUGUUCCUUCAGCCUCUGCACUUGUGAUUAAAGAACUCGCAGAGCCACCAAGAGACAGAAAAAAGACUAAAAAUAUAAAACACAAUGGCAACCUUAGUUGGGAUCAAAUCAGGAACAUCGCAAAAAUCAUGAGACCAAGAUCAGGCGCAAAAACCUUUGAAGGCACCUUAAAAGAAAUCGUCGGCACUUGUGUGUCAGUUGGCUGCACCAUUGAAAAGAAGACUCCAAAAGAAAUCAUUGCAAUGGUUGAAGGUGGAGAGUUGAACGUUAGCGAACCUUAA